CUUUUGGAAAUUCCUCUCUUUACAUUUAGAUUCUCUAAACCACUAGUUCUUCUUCAGUGCUAUCAAUAACCAAAUUAAGAUGAAGAGAAUGGAGAUCUUCUGUGCAUCACAGGCCUCAACAGCCAUAUGCAUGAGCAUGGACCAAGCCUCCUCCUCCUCCUCAUCCACCAUUCAACUCGGUGGCAAAGCCAUCGACCGCCACAACCCCAUCAUCAGAGACUCUAGAAGGUUCAACAGAACAGGCAUCCCCACUAACCCUUGUGUUUCCCAGCCCCUCCCCUUUGACCCUAAACCUUUUCAAUAUCAUCAACUUCAAAAGACCAAGAGCAAGAAGAGUCCUUCCACCAAACAAAGUGAUAAAAAGGCCAAGAAGGGGUUAUUGAAAGAAAAUGAUGGAAUUACCAGGAAGAGCUCUUUUGAUGCCAGAGAGCAGCAAAGUGAUGUAAUUUCAAGGAAGAGCUCUUUUGAUGCCAGAGACAAGGUGGUAUCACUAUCAACCAGGAAGAGCUGGGUGCUGCCACCGGAUUUAAUUACUCCGCCUGGCUCCUCCAGGUAUCUUCUGAGCGACACUGGAUUUUCCGAUGGAAUAACGGAUUAUGACCCGGUUUUGUCAUUGGUCCCCGUUGAACCCAAGAAGAAUCAGUCUUUCAAUCAAGAUGAAACCGUUGAUUCGAUAAACUCUGCAUCCUCUCGAUUGGAGAAACCACCUAAGGAUCAGGUUGUGGUUCUUAGAGUUUCUUUACACUGCAAAGGCUGUGAAGGAAAACUUAGGAAACAUCUAUCCAGAAUGGAAGGGGUGACAUCCUUUAACAUAGAUUUCGCAGCGAAGAAGGUGACAGUUGUAGGAAAUAUAACACCAUUAAGUGUCCUUGCUAGUGUUUCAAAGGUGAAGAAUGCACAGUUCUGGACAUCAACCAUGGCAGCUCCUUCUGCAGUUUCAACACCUGCUCCUCCUGCAUCCACCAAUCUAAUUGCAGUCAAGAAAUAAUGAUGGUUACUUCAACUUUGAAGAAGAAAAUUCAAUGUAUGAUUGUGGUGUGAAUGAGAUAAUUUAGUGUAAAUUGAAGCCAGUGUUGGUAGCCCUGAUGGAAUCAGAAUCAUUGUUGCUUAGGAGAAAAUAAAGAAAAGCACUAUAGUUUGGUUUUCUCUUUGCAAACGCUACUGUUUAAGGCAUGCAUUUUCUGAAACUCAUGACCCAUUCUCCCCGUUCUGAUCCCUUAUCCCUUGAUUUUGCCAGUAUUUGCCGCCAUGCCUUCGUGCUUCCCUACAAAAUACAUCACAAAAUUAAUG